AUGAACGACAGAAUAAGAGUCAUGUCAUUAACUAUGCACAAUUAUCGAAGGUCAAGACUUGCACAAGGCCUUGUUGCAGAUAUCACCGGGAAACAUUUACCUAGUGCCACUAAUAUGAUAAGGCUGAGAUACAAAUGUUCGCUCGAAACGUCGGCAAAAGCUGCUGUAGACAGAUGCUCUACUCAUGGAUCAUACGUUCCAUACGGCGUGCAACAGAAUAUCGCAAGUGUUCCCAAAAGUGUUGCCCGAUAUCGCGUGAAUGCCAUGGCUGAGGCUGUUAAAGGCUGGUGGAGCAGAGUACGAAAAGAUGGUGGCAUCGGAGAAAGAGUCUUUUACAGGUUCCGUUACCUAACGAGCAGCAUCAGCUGGUUCACUAGGAUGGCAUGGGCGACUACUGAAUAUAUUGGAUGUGCUGUUUCGCAAAACUGCGGAGAUAUGUGGUAUGUUGCAUGCCACUAUAGCCCCGGAGGAAACAAGCUCCGUCAUCGCAUCGCAUCUACAAAACAGGUCCUCCGUGCUCGGACUGCUGCUGGGUUCUUCUGCGAUUCAACCUUCCUCUGCGAGGCUAGAACUAGCUUUUGA